UACAUUGGUAUCCUAGCAACCCGAACAGAAAAAAGGACGCGGGAAGGUCGGAGCGAAAUAGACUAUUUCACAGAGCAUCAUCUAAACUUGGGUCCAUCUACACUCAAGGAUAAGUGUUACCUCAGAUUUUCUUUCAUCGAAGUCACAACUUUCCAAAGUCAAUUUUUUUAUUGAAAUCUGUUGACUAGAUUAUUUUGAUGCUAACGUAGAAGUUGGUGUAGCAUUCAGAGGACAAUGAACCAAUCUACAUAUCCGCGGAUAUUUGUAGAAAGAACUCUGGCUAUUAUCAAACCAGAUGCAAUCGACAAAGCAGAGGAGAUCGAGGACUUCGUUCUCAAAUCGGGGUUUACUGUACUGCAGAAGCGGAAGCUGCAUCUGAGUCCAGAGCAGUGUGGUGACUUUUACGCAGACCAGUAUGGAAAGCUCGUCUUUCCCAGCUUGACUGCCUUUAUGAGCUCCGGCCCGAUCAUGGCACUGACUCUGGCCCGCAAGAAUGCUGUCGCCCACUGGAAGUCCAUCAUAGGGCCUGUAAACAGCAUCAAGGCCGGAGAAACUCAUCCAGAGUGCCUUCGAGCAAAAUAUGGGACUUCUGACCUGAAAAAUGCUCUCCAUGGCAGCGAGUCAUUUCACGCGGCUGAAAGAGAAAUCAAAUUCAUGUUCCAAAACUCUGUAAUCGAGCCAUCUCCCUCAAAAGAAGCUGCUGCAGAAUACCUCAGCAAGUAUGUGUAUCCAACUCUGCUGCAUGGACUCACUGAACUCUGCAAAAACAAGCCACACAACCCCUGCACUUGGCUUGCUGACUGGCUGAUCAAAAAUGAUCCAAGCAAACCACACAUAUAUGAUGGAGUUGAAGACACAGAAUAAUAACAGAGGAAAAGUAAACAACAUACAUGCAUAAUUUAAAAACAUUCAUUUGAAACCAAUAUAUUUUCUCAAUGCUAUGAUAAAAUAAAAGAUUUUCUUCCAUGCUAA